CAGUACCAUCAUAAUACCCACCCGGGCAACACAGCUCCUCUGUGACGGAAGUGUACUGUGUGAGCAGAGACGGAAGGAAUAUACAAACGUUUGUGUUACCGACUCCCGGCCUGCAGGUGUAGGACCACGGAGGUAGUCCCUUGACCUGGGCCCAGCGAUGUCGGAGGGGACGUACAGCCCAGUGACUCAAGGCGAACCCGCAGGCGACGCUGUCAAAGAAAUAGAGCCUCAGAGAUGGAGAAAAACGCUGAGAAGUCUGGGGUGGAAAGUGUUCCCAUUUGUCAGCGCUCUGCUCUACUUGAGCGACGUGCUCAGCACCUUCUGCUACGUCGGCGUCCUCUUUAGCUUGGCCAGUGAGAGAGACGUGAUCCUGAGGGGCCUGAACUUCAGAUGGUGGGGCUCCCUUAUCAUCAUCGUCCAUGUUGUUUCCGGAAUCUUCAUUAACUUUAUCGCCACAUUCUACAGGCACGAAAUAAAGAUCUUAAGCGUAAAGAAGAAGGUGCUGGAAGGGCUGAAAUGCAUCUUUAUUCCAGAGUUCUACGUGUGUUUAGCAAUGUACAGACACGCAGAGAUGGCGGUGAGCGGGGGCCCAACGUCUGUGAAUGUGGUGGAGAGGGCGGCCUUCACCCGGGUGCUGCAGGCUGUGUUGGAGACCGUCCCGCAGACCAUCAUACAAGCCUACUUCUUCUUCACAGACUUCACCCCCAGAGCCACCAGUUUCUUGACAUGGACCCCCGUGGCCAGCAUGUGCCUCUCGAUGAUCAGCGCCGCCUUCGGCUACACCUUCUUCGUGGUGUACAAGUACUAUGACCAGGAAUACGAGUAUCCUCACUUCUGGCAAUGUUCGCUCGUCGCCUUAGCCUCACUUCUCAUCCUGGGUAGCAGAGCCCUGACGUUGUCUGUGAUGGCGUCCUUCUACUGGCCGUGGCUCGCCCUGCUCUCUCUCUUAAUUACCGUCCUGAUUUCCUUCGUCUGGUGGACAUACAAGGUGUGGAAACAGAAUAAACCCGCCCACAAAAACAUCGUCAUGCGCAUCGCUUUCAGCAUAAUUGAGACGUUCGCAGUAUCUGAGAACAUAAAAAGAAUGCUAGUCAUUAGCACAGUCUUCGCAGGCCUUACCGUGGCUAGUGCCAUCCAGCACCACAACACCCCGGAGGAGUGGAGCUUGGUUUGGUUGCCAUUCACAGCUCAGGUGCUGGGGUGCCUCUUGGUCUUGCCUUGUCGCCAUGUGUACAAAAAGGCUUACAGAGUAUUAGUCCUUUCAGUCAUGCGAGCAACCACAGAAUAAUUUUUAAUGUAAUUUUAAUUCUUGUUGAAAUUUACGUCUUAAGCCAGUUACCGAAGCCGUUUUGAUUAGUCAGUAUCAUAUUUUGCCCAAUAUGGGGAUUGGUCCCAAAUUACUGGUGCAAACUAUUAAGUUCGUCCAAGCUGCGUCCAUUCCCAAAGGUGAAUUCAUACUUUUUACUCUAAUGAAAUAAUAAAUAUAAUAAAAUAAAUAUUUUGUAUAACAGUUUUGCGCAUAGUUAGUCUAAUGAUAGGUUAAAUUAAGUGCUUUUGUUCUGUUGGCAAUAUUGAUUUACAGUUCGUGGGUGAAGCAUUUAUAAUGCCCCUCCGCUAGACCCCCCCCCACUCCCAAACCACAGCGUACACACCCCACGAACUGCCUGUACAGCUAUCGACAUGUCGGACCUUAAUGAUGUAACUGAAUGGGAAUUAAAUCAUGCACUAAA